AUGCCGGGUGAACCAAAGGCAGCACAGAAGCGCCCCCGCCUCCCUUUCAAGCCACCUAGCCGUACAUCGAACGCGGAGCCGUCCGUCGUGGAGCCGUCUGUCGCGCUGAAAGCCAACAGGAAAACAAAACAAACCACAAAUGCCUCUGCAUCGACAUCUGCACCGAAGUCUGCAUCGAAACCAGUAAAAUCCAAGCCAUCUACCAAGCCCAUCAAGCCUGCAACUGCGACUAAAAAAAGGUCCCAUGUCGAAUCACCGUCUCCUGGCGAUUCCCAAUCUGGGCCCGCCAGGCCUGCGACUGGGAAAAAAGCCCGUGUUGAACCUUCAGCUGCCGAUGAUUCUCAAUCGGGCUCAGAGUCCGACUCCGGUGCAUCGGCCCGCGAUCGAUCGCGUUCUCUUUCUCAGGAACCGGACUACAUCCUCGCCGAAAUUACAACUACCAAUCCACCAGAAGAUGUGACCUACAGCGAACCGACAAUACCUCCCAAACUGCUUACGCGGUUGCUGCAUCAACAUUUUCAAAAUGACAAAACCAAGGUCGCAAAAGACGCCAAUAAUGUUGUGGCCAAAUACGUCGAUGUGUUUGUGAGAGAAGCCAUCGCUCGGGCUGCUUAUGAGAGGGCUGAGACGAAUGAGCAUGCUGGGGGGAGAACUGUUGGUGAUGGAUUCCUCGAGGUUGAGGAUCUUGAGAAAAUGGCACCACAGCUUACGAUGGACUUCUAG